AUGCCCAAACCGAUGUACAUGCCUGCUGCCGCCCGCAAUGGGUCCACCGCCACCGGCAACGGCACCGGCAAUGGAUACGGCCAUGGACACACCGACGACAAGCCGCUCAACUCAGAGGCUCUCACAGACACCCACCUACACGACGUCGGCUUGCAUCCGGAGUCCUAUUACGACAGCAGACUCCCCUUCUACGCUGCGUUCAUGAGACGGCAGUUGCUUCCGUUGGUGAAGCUCGAGUUGCCGCUUCUGGAGAAGAUCCAGCAGUUCCACUCCCACUGGCUCACCAUGUACUUCCUCCUCACGGCAAACGUCGGCUCACACACGUUCUACGUGAUCAUGCUUCCCAUGGGCGUGUGGCUAGGCUCCUUGAACUUCACUAGAGACUUGGUUCUCGUGCUAGGUCUCGGCAUCUACUUGACCGGCGCAGUGAAAGACUUGCUUUGCUUGCCUCGGCCCCACUCCCCUCCCUUGGAGAGGUUGACCAUGAGCCACUACACCGCCAAAGAAUACGGUUGCCCCUCCUCACACUCGGCAAAUGCUACUUCCGUGUGUAUCAUUCUAUUCCUGCAUAUCUACAACAACGACUUUUUCUCCGCCCCCGUCAAGCAGUCUCUUUACGUGUCCUUGGUAGUCUACUGGAUCACUCUGGUAGUGGGAAGACUAUAUUGUGGAAUGCACGGCUUGGUGGACGUUGUGACCGGAGCAUUAGUCGGAAUAGCCACAGUAUUGUUGAGAAUGGCGACAAAGAACUUCUGGGACUACACCCUCUUAUCCAACAACGACACCCUACUCACAAAAAUCUCGCCUCUCUUAUUGGUUGGGUUUUACUAUUCCCUCAUCUAUUUCCAUCCAACACCGGUCGAACCCUGCCCCUGCUUCGAAGACUCCAUCGCCUUCAUUGCAGUGCUUCUCGGUAAGGACUUGGCUGAUAACUCAAUGAGACCAAUCGAGUCCGCAGAAAGCCUUUCCUUGACUUUGAUGGACAUCUACCAGACGCAUCCUGCAAAGCAUGACUACGAGUGGGCAAGAUCAGGCAUCAUCCUCACCCUCAUGCGUGUCAUCGUCGGUGUCACCUUGGUCAUGAUUUGGAAAGCAAUCGCAAAACCGCUUUUCACAUUCUUGAUCAGAAAGUUGAGAAAUGAACCGACCGUGAAGACAACCACUCCAGAACCGCCUUUUGCCUUCAUCUCAAGAACCGACACAAAAAUCUUUGUGAAGUUCAUCGUUUACGCUGGCAUACCCACUGUUGCCGUCUACUCUAUGUACGCCUUCAGAUUUUUAGGACUCUAG